UAAAUAGGGCAUGUUUUUAUAAGGCAGAAAGUAUGUGUUGGUCUUGAAUGCUGGGUUUCAGUAUGCUCUGUUAGUCUGGAUCAUCAUGUCCACUAUACUCAGAUAUGGGGGUAAUGCAAGUUUCUAAUCUAAACCAAAAACCUCAGAGCCCAUGAUUGCAUUUUUAUCUCCAUAGCACAGGACAAGCAAAUGAUUUGUGUAAAUAGCUUUACAUCAGUGUCUAUUAACAUUUUUCUGUGUCUUAUCUGUCAGGCCACUUCUGCAACUUGUUAUUUUUGCUGGGGUGGUCCUUUAUUUGUAAACCAAGCGCUGUGAUCUCAUGGCAAAUGAGGGGAAGUCAAUUCAUGGCUUUAAAAACAACUUGUGCUAUUUGCAGGGUUACUAACAAUGUCUCCAUUAAGUACCCAGGUGUACAUAAAGAAGAGCUUCAUGUAUGCUUUCCACUCAGAAGCUAAAGAGAUAGUUUUGUCUUGUGUAUGUGUGUGUAUAUAUAUGUAAGGUGAGACAUAGCAUUAGUUGCAGGUGGUUGGCUUACACAAGAUGACUGCCAAAAAUCCCUGUUUGAGCUUUGCUUCUCUGAAAGAUGCCAGCCAACAGAUUCUGCAUCUGUGACAAGGAUGGAGAAAUAAAUGGUUUGUUUACGAGGGGCAGAAUUUGUCAGGCUUCAGAUGUUUCCCUUCUUGCCUUAGUGGUCCUCAGUCAGAGUUGACAAAUGCUCUGGUGUCAGUGGUGACUCGGCAAACCCCGCUGUGCGGGAGCUCUGCGGACACGGUGGGACCCCGGUGUCACACAGCCGCCUUUGCUGUCCCUGCAGUGCCUCUCCAUGGCCCCACUGAAGGGCAGGCAGCACUCUGAGCUUGGCUGGGGCAGCAGCCUGGGAGGCUGUUUUCUUUGGGCGCGGAUUCAAAGUGGCUGCGGGGCUGCUGUGAGUUACCUGCUGGGUGAGCAAAUUCCUCCCAUCUCCAACAAUCCCAAGUGUCCACGGGGGAUAUAAAAGUAUGUUUGCCCCACCAGCAGCUCCAAGCACAGCUCUGGCACAGUCCAUUAUGUGUGACUAGAUCCUCACAGAGAGGUUGACACAUUAAAAGUGACUUUGUAAACGUAGCCCCUUCUUAAAAUGGAGAGAAAUAACCCAUCUCUUGUGAGGGAUCCAGGCUGUCUGAAAGCUCCUGGGGGAGCAGCUGGGUGAGGACAAAGAAGCAGUGUACUGAGAGCAAGCAUGGCCACUUCCUGAACUCUUCAACUUCCCCUCUGUGCCUCUGAAGCUCGGGGUCUGGCAUGUCAUGUCUCUGCAUGCUUACCGAGGAGAAGAUGCUUAAGCUGCAUGAGGCUCACAGUGCUCUCAAGUGUCUCCCAGUGUAAAUAAUACCUUGGCCAUUUGGCCCAAAACCUUCAGUGGGGGCAGAGCAGGUGCAUCUGCAGACAUAUGUUUGCACAUGCUUUCCUACUACAGCUGCAGGAGCUCAGAGUGCAUGCACGAAAAGGGUGUGUGUGUGAGUCUCAUUCAAAAGCAUCUAUUUUUUGGGCUAAUUUGUUGGGGUGUUUUCAGUCGUGCAUGUAUUUCCUUUUGCAUGGGCGUCCUAUGCAUGUUUACAUAUAAAAUACUUGUAUCUUUUAUUAGCUGGGGGUAAUUUGUUUAACACUUAGCUGCUGCUCUGUAAAUCCUGUUGUUGCUGCCUCUUUGCCAGAGGUCACUACUCUCACAUCUCUGUGGAUAGGAGGUAUUCUCAAAACCAUUGUUACUCCAUUUCCAAUUAUUUUAACCCAAUGAUAUAAAUUACUGGAGCUACCUUGGCUCAUUUGAUAGUAAUGAACUAGUGAGUGGUGGUAAGAAGCCCUGAGGCAGCAGAUGGGAAUGUAAUCCCUGGCUGGUGGUCACCAGGAGGCUGCUCACAACAUUGAUGUCUUCAUCUGGCACAGUUUAAUUAUAAAGAUGGCAUUUCAGUGGAAACCUCUUAAUUUAUGUAGAAAUUGCAUAGAAUUUGUCUACCCAUGGGAAAAGAAGCAGCUCUGAUUGGCUUGCUCUGGUCUCUCACUGUAGGCAUGGUUUUGUGUGACAGCCUGGGUAGUGGCAGAGCCAGCUUCCUACUAGCACUUGUCUGGUUUUGCCUGAAAGUGAGAAAGGGGGAAAAAAAUCUCAUGAGAUUUUGACCUCUAGAUCAGCUCCUCAGUGUGGUCCGUGGCACAGGCUGUGGAACAACUGUGCCAACACACUUGGGGCAACUGAGGAAUGCAGUGGGAGAACUGAAUGGUGGAGGCAGGACAGCCACAAAUGAGUGUGGCUGCCAAAACAUUUCCCUCCCAAAUUUUACAGCAUCACUGUCUCUUCAUUCUCUUCCUACCUUCAAGGUUUUCCCAUUUGCACUUAGGUGCAGCUAAAGCAAUCUAUGCCCCAGCAAAGAUCUUUGCAGUCAGUCUGUAAGGGAAACCCUCUGGGUUUGUAGCCCACCAUUUUCACCCAGGCCUUGCCAGGCUUAUCAGUUCCCCAGGCAUUGUCUGUUACUAAAUAAAUGAAUGCAGCAUUUAUCUUCACCCCUUAGCUUGAUUGACGAGUAUUUAGUGUUUUCCACAAGGAGCAUCUCCCAGCAGAGCAGUAUCUCCUUGCUGACUCUGGUGUGACCAUUCUGCCUCUACUGUGAUGUGGUAGUCUUCAAACUUUAUCUCCAGACUGUGUCAGUGCACCUGGUGGUGCAAUCAGGGUUAGAUUGCCUUUCCAAAAUUUAUGUGUCUUUAAAAAAAUAAUAAAGCACCACCUAUUGACUAGUCCUCUAAACAUAGUACUCUAGUCUAGGACUUUACUGUCCUUCCUAUUGUGACGUGUGUUCAGACUUGUUUGUCCAGUGCUAGAUAACAAUAUGUGAAUGCACACUGAUACAACUGAGAAAAUCUCUGCUCUUCUGAAGACAUAAACUACUUUUCAUAGGACUCAAACUUGUGUUUACUGUAUUCAAAUGAAAGUAUUUCUGAAAAUUGCUGAUGACUGCAUCUGUUUGAAUUCAUCAAUUCACUACCACUCCGAACAUUUGAUAAACAAAUACCCUUGAACUGAAAUUUCCCACGCCUGCAGUGUAAUUACAUUCUCCACUACUGCAUUUGUUUCCCCUUUAAAAAAAGGGGGGCAGGCACACUGAGUAGACUGUGGCAGAAUCACAUUUGGCAUUUGGUAUUAAUAUACAGUACAAAAAGGUCCAUUGACUCAUUGGGUGACUCAGAAGGCAGUAGAGGAGGGCUUUUUGGCUAUGCAGAAAUGUCAGUGGUUCAACAUUAGAUCAGAAAUUUCUUUAACACGUUGUGAGGGACAGUUAGUUGUUUCAUCUGAUGUUAAAGUGCAAGCAAAGCGAGUCUAGCAAGGUGCGGUGAGGAAGUGUGUGUCACAUGCUCCUCCACAGGAAACGAGACGGGAGCUGCUGGGGAAGUUCAGAACUGGGUGACCUCCAACAGAUUCAAACAGCACAGGAUUGUGCAAUUUGGGAAAUGUUAUUGCAAUUUAAUUAACUUCAGGAAGUGUAUUCUGGACUGAAUUGACCAGACCUCCUAUUCUAUGCAAGCAUCUCCUGCUGGUAACCAGGUUUCUUAGCAAGAGCACAGAGAGCUCAGCCUUCCACCAUGCCUGUGCCUCCCCCUCCAGCUCCCCCUCCACCCCCAACACUGGCCUUGGCAAAUACUGAAAAGCCAUCCCUGAGCAGGUCAGAACAGGCAGGGCGAAAUGCUCUAUUAUCUGAUAUUACCAAAGGAAAAAAGCUCAAGAAGACUGUUACUAAUGACAGAAGUGCUCCAAUUCUAGACAAACCCAAAGGAUCUGGUGGAGGUGGCGGUGGUGGCUUUGGAGGAGGUGGCAGUGGCAGCGGCGGGGGUUUUGGUGGUGGCAGUGGUGGCGGCUUCAGUGGUGGUGGACCACCUGGCCUUGGAGGCCUUUUUCAAGCAGGAAUGCCAAAACUCAGAUGUACUGCAAGUCGAGAUGCUGACGCCGGGGGAGGCCGGCCGCCCGUCCUGCCGCCCGGAGGCCGCUCCGCCGCCGCCAAGCCCUUCUCCCCGCCGAGCGGCCCGCCGCGCUUCCCGGGGCCGCCCUCGGGGCCGCGCUCCGCCGCCCCGGACCCGCAGAGGAGCCGCGUGCCGCCGCCGAGGCCCGACGCCGGCUCGAAGCCCGAGGCGGCGCCGCCGCCGGUGCCCAGCACGCCCCGGCCCAUCACCUCCAGCCUGCACAACCGGGGGUCGCCGCCGGUGCCGGGGCUGAGCCGCCAGCCCAGCUUGGGGCCCUCGCCGCCGCCCUUCCCGGGCAGCCGGGGCGCGGGGGCGGCCGCGCCCCUCCGGCAGCCGGGCCCCGGCGCGGCGCCCCCCUUCUCGGGCCGGCCGCCGCUGCCGCCCACCCCGGGCCGGCCGGCGGAGGACAAGCCGCCGCCCCCGCCGCCGCCCCCCGCCGGGCACCGGCCGCCCGCCGCCCGGGAGGCGUCUCUGCCGCCGCCGCCGCCGCAGAACAGCAAGCCGCCCCUGCCCGCCGCCCCCCGGCCCGCCCUCGGCGCCCCGGCGCCCCCGCUGCCCCCCGGCAGGCCGGGGCCGCCCCCGGUCCCGCCCGCCCCCGCCGCCGGCGACGAGAUGCCGCGGCUGCCGCAGAGGAACAUCUCGCUGGGGUCGUGCCCGGCUCCCGGCGGGGGCCGCUCCGGACCGCUGCCCCCGCCGCCCGGAGAGAGACCGCCGCCGCCCGUCAGAGACCCGCCCGGCCGCUCGGGCCCGCUCCCACCGCCGCCUCCCAUAAGCAGGAAUGGCAGCACGUCGAGGGCUUUGCCCAGCACUCCCCAGCUGCCCUCCCGGGCAGGGCUGGACAGCCAGAGAGGCGGAGCGCGACCCCCGCUGCCCCCGGACCGGCCCGGCUCGGCAGCACCGCCGCCGCCGCCGCCACCUUCGGCGGCUCUCAGAAACGGCUUCCAGGAUCCCGGUGAUGAUGAAUGGGAAAGCAGAUUUUCUUUUCAUCCAAUAUCUGAUUUGCCGCCUCCAGAACCAUAUGUACCCAUGAACAGAAGUUAUCCCAGUAAACUAGCAAGAAAUGACAGUAGAGGUGGUUCUGUCCGAAAAGAAAGAGGUGCCCCCCCGCUCCCACCUAUACCAAGGUGAAAUGGGUUCUGGCCCAUCUUUGGGUGACAUCUGUUCUCAAGUUUCCUUCGAGUCAGCUCUCCUGUCCCCAUGACUGGAAAGUUGUCUGUCGUGAUUGAUUCCACUUUUGGCUUGUCAGCUGGAACAAACUUCAGUCUCUAUUACAGAAGUAAUAGAUGUGGCUUAUGGACUAUAGUUGCUCAAAGGUCUGAAUUUUAUUCGCUUAAACUGCAGGCAUUUGUGGACCCUACAGAACAUACAUGCAUCAUGCUUACCGUGUCCAUCCCUGUCCCCCGGAGAGCUCCGUGGGAGGUCUGGCUUUGAAUUUGAUAGAGCUUGAACAAAGCUGUUUCAUUUGCUUUGGGUACAGUAGCUGUAUUAUUUUAAUGAUAAAGUAUUUGAUGUUUAAAAAAACAGUUGCAGGGUAAAAAGUGUAGCCAAGCAUCCCCUGGAUCCUUCUUUGCAUGCCUAACUCAGCCUAUCUGCUUCUGCAAGCCAUAGACCUACUACAUGGUGACAAAGAAUUCAUCUUUAGCUUUUUCACUUCAACUUAGUCAAGCAAAUCGUAAACAAUACACAACACAUCCUGCCUCAACGAUAGAGUGCCCCUGGCCUUGUUUUUAUCUGCAGAGAAUCUUCCAAAAAAAAGCACAAGUGAAGAAUUCAUCAGCAUAAAAAUACAUAUAUAUUUUUAACCCUCUUUCCUAUUUUUUAAUAGUGUUAUGUGUUCUGUGACCUAAUUCUCUCCUGCUCUUCUGUGGACCAACCCACAUCAUGUCAUCUGUGCCUUGGAUUACUGUAACGCCCUCUGCCUGAUGCUGCAUGUGAAGAGUCCUCAGAAGGUAGUCUGAGUGCAAACGCAGCAAUUAUUGUAGUUGCAGGCUCCUCCUGUAAAGCAUCACUAAUGUCAGUGCUCCACAGACUGCUUUCCAGCUGUUUCUUUGGUACAACUAAAUGACGGAGUUUGAUUUUAAAAGCUUCUUGGCACUUAGGUCACAAGUUUCAGAGAGCUUGUGUUUGACUUCUAUUAUGGUAGAGCAGCUGAGGUCAAAAAUGUUCCUCAGUGAAAGCCCUGUGAUGUUGUGAGGGGGGUCCGGGGUUUGUACAUUCAAGCAGGAGCAUCCAAAAUUUGCUGUCUGCACUGGUUCAAGAGAAAUGGAAAGAUUUGGUCUUCUGAGUUGGCCAUGAAGCUUGUCCUUUCAAACUUUGCUGAAAGAAUUCUCUACAGAGAGCUGCAAGGCUUACAUUGAUAGAAGAAAGAGUAAAGUAUUCUAACAUUGUGGCAAGUGGUUAAUAUAUGUAAUGGCUUUUGAAUUUUGUGUAUGAGAAAAGAGCUCAUUGUAUGAGUGAAUUUUACAAGUGGACCUAAGUGCAUAUAAAAAACGCAUUUGGAAAUUGGAGGACGAUUAUAAUGCUGGAUUUGAAAUAUUGGUGAAUGAUAGUUCUUUGUUAAUUGGACCUCUGAAAAAUGUCCCCUCAGUCUCAUCAGCAGUACAUUUCUUCAGUGUUUUCCUUGGGAUCCCUACCGAGCCUGUGUCGGCAGCUGUGCUUCACAGGGUGUUGCUCAAAAAAACCCAAAAUAAAACAUAGAAACUAGUCAUGUAGGUUAAGAAAAUAUUUCUCUAGCAUGGGAGAUAUCAUCCUAACUACACGCUGCGGCUAGAAUGAGGUCAGUCCUUGAAAAUCUAGGGAAUUCAGCCAAAGAGAGUCUGGACCCUGCUGGAAUGUCUGUGAAUAGGGCUUUUGCUCUGUCUGUGAGCAGGGAGGGGCAGAUCUGCUUUUGGCCUGGCAGUCUGGACAUCACAUUGAAGGGAAUGAGGCUAGAGUUGGAUUUGGCCAGAUCAAAUUUAAUUUGGUCUUCACAGUGUUUGUUUACAAAAUUUAGUUAGCUGUGACAGCAUUUGAUUAUUUGCUUGUUUUUUACAUUUUUGUAUCUAAUUACCUAUUUUUAGUUACUGUUUAUGGUCUUGAACCUGCAAUUGAAUGCGCAGGCGCAGAGAUGUAUCUACAUCCAGUUGCAGGAUCGUGGCUGUAAGAGUGUCUUAAACAGAUCCUGGUGGGACCUCCAUGUGACAGGUGCACCUUGGGAUCAAACCUGGCACAAUGCUGAAUUUGUAUGUGUAUUUUAUGGAUGUCACUUAAAGUGCCUGUCUCUUUGGGAUGUUAUUUUGUGAAUAGAAGUCCAAAUAAGAUUUUAGGCUAAUAAUUUAAAGGUUAAAUUAUUGUAUUCCUAUUUUAAAACUGAAGCACUUAAUACCUUUCUAAGAAACAAUAGUUUGAAUUCAAGAAUACAGUAUUUUUAGUACCUUGACUUGCCAAAUCCUUGUUAAUAUCCAAAUAGCUAUGCAGUCACAAAAAAAAAAAAACCCAACCCUCCAGAAAUUAUAUCUUUUCUAUAACUUACCUGCUUUCAACGUAACUGUUUUAUUUUGGUAAGUCGAUGAAAAUGCUGCCCAAUGUUCUUCCAAUACUCUGUAUCAUUCAAAAUACCCUGUAUGUGAUUGUUUCAGCAAGGUUUUCUGACCAGAAAUCUGGACCACUACCAAAGACUUGGAAAACCAGCUUCAGUUUCACUUUAAAAUGUGUUGUGUAAAAGGCCCCCAGUUAACAAGCCAAGAAUCCUGAGCUGCUUAGGUUUUAGCAAUUAUUUUUUACUCUAGAAACCUCUUCAGAAUAGAUGUUUGGCAUACAUGUAAAAUAGCUUAAUACUGCAGAAAGGGGCAUUUUUGUUCACAUAACAACAGCAUUUCCAUUUAUAUGUUUUGCUGUAAAAGUCCCUAGAUAUAUUCCAGAACAAUGCAGCAUUUUAUCAUUCAAUAUAUUGCUUCACGUAGCAGUGGCUAUUUACAAUAGGAUCAGUAUUAAAGUAUUUAUUUCACUAUGAAGUGUUAAAAAAGAAUAAUACAAACCAGGUUGAAUCAAUGGUGCCUUAUGACUUUUUUAGUCAACUUUUCUGUGUCUCAAUAGAAGAAUUAAUAGACAUUGCUCUUCCAGGUCCUAACUAAAUAGUGCUGACAGUAGCAUUUUACAGUGUUUGAGCCGAGCCCUUCUGUUGCUGUGUGCUCAGUCUGCUAACUCCAGGUGGAGCUCAGCCUAUGGAGAUGCCACUGGAUCAGUGUCUAGGUGAGGUGUAUGUGGGCACUGGUUGGCUUCACAAUCAAUUGCUGGUAUUGCUCUCAAAAUUCAGACCUGUCCCAAAACCCGUGUCUGAUGCUGCUGUCCACACAGCCCAGCUGACUUCAGUCAGUGUAAUUGUAUAGGUUACAGAAGUAAAUAUGAUUCACUGCUUGCAUAUAAGAUUUGCUGGGUUUGUUUCAAUGGCAUUGUCUUAUAAACCUUCACACCUCAACCUAUCUUCUUACGUUACCACUGAGGCUUGCACUGUGUGACAACGGCCAUGGAUGUUCGUUUUUGUUUAAUUCAACUCCAUAAAUAAAAUGAGAAUAACUUUUGUACCAUGUAAAAAUAAUUUCGCCUCUGUAUUUUUGGAAGAAAAGCACAUGUUAUGCUUGUUAUGACUUUCUGCACCAGCCAUUGGGAAAAGAGGUCCCAGUGAUGAAUCUUCGGAGUUGUUAAAGGAAAGUCAGCUUGUGAUUCAGGAAGUGUAUAUUUCUAUAAAUGAAAUAAAAUAAUAUGGCAAAGUUCUUGUUUAAAAGCCAGCAUUUUCCAACACUAAAAGAAUCAUAAGGUUUGUUUUUAAUUUUCUGCAAGACAGCACUGUGGAAGAAGUUCCUUAUAUUGUCAGUUAAAAACUGGGCAGUAGUUUCUCCUUGCAGCAUCAGCUGUUUGCAUGACACUUGUAAAAGUAGAUCUGUCUUGGAGCAGGGGAUAAAGGAGCUAAACUGCUAUCAUGCAUCACAUGUAUUGUAACACAAUCUUCUGUACAGAAGUAUAGAAGUAGAAAAGGUACUUUUUGCCUUGGAGGUAAAGAAAGGAGUUGAGUGAUCAAACAGAUUAUUUUAAGCAGAAUGUCAAAUGUUGAAAGACCUAGAGAAGGCCUUUUGGCCACAGGACGCUGGAAAAGAGAAAAUUGCUCAAGGAAAUAAAAGCCAUUUGGCUGAAUGUCAUUACCAGAACUGGAGUGAAAAAUACGGUAUAAAAUGUGCAUUUUGGAGUUCCACAUGGCAGUGGUGUGAACACCUUCGUCUCACAGCUGAGUGCAACAACCUGUUACAGCGGUACAUGGACUCCAUGGAACACAGAUUGUGUGAGCUUUCAUCUUUCAAACAGUAUUCAUCAGAAAAUAAGGAGAAUCUCUCACCUAAGAUACUCAGGAGCACUUUAAGUGCAAAUUCAUGGAAUGGUUCUUCAUGUACACUGGAGGGAUCUUCUAGCCUGUAAGAUGGUUGUGUUUGGACCAUUCAGUUAAAAUCUAAACUGGAGCAUUGGCAAAGAGGGGAGGAUUGGAAUAACUUGGGCAGAAGCAGGUCAUGUGUGUAUGGUCCCAGUGAGUAUGCAGCAGGUGGGUAUGCAGAUUUAGAAAGCAAAAAUGGAAACUGUAUAUCUUAAGGGAGUAACCUUGUAUGUAUGUUGCCAUUUUGAAAUACAGUUUUCUGUGGUAAAUAUUUUUUACUGUAAACUAAUGCGUGCAGAGGAAGACUUCUUAAUUUGGACUUCCAAAGCCACGCAAGAGGGAGGGAAACAUAAAACAGGCUGAGCAAAAAGUAACAUUUCUAUCCAAUGCUUAAAGUUUGAGCUUUUUAUAAAAUAUUAAUCUAGUUCUGUGAAUUUUUUUGCUUAACAUUUAUUUUGUAAGUGAUUUUGUUCUUAUUUUUCUGUCCUAUACCAAAUAAAUUUUACUUUUAUUUAA